AGCGUGAACGCCCCCCCGAAGUUUCUCUAAACCCCAAACCCACCCCAAACUGAAUGUACGAAAAGCUCUCUGUGUCCCCAAAUCUCACUCCCGCACCAACUCUCUUUCUCUCUCUAAAUUCUUGCCGGAAAUCAAUUUUCUUUUUUUCAGAUUUGUUGUAUCUACAUCAGCUGCGCUGCUGGGCGGCAGUGUGGGAAGGCAGCGAAAGGGGAAUAUUGGGGAAAGUGUGUGAUCUUUGGGAGACCCAUUAUGGUGUUUUGAGCUACAGUGGGGUUUCUUGAUCUUUUGUUGCAGGCUCGGAUGUUGAUACCAAAAGGGUUUCUGGGUAAGUCUGUUUUUUCUGCGGAAAUCAAAAUGUGAGAGGUGAAUUUUCGGAUACACUGUGUGCGCGUGUGUGUGUAUGUGUGUUCUUGAUUGUGAUGAUGGUGGCUGCUGUCUCUGGAGCAGCUUCAACAACUGACCCACAAAACCCCAAAAUCAACGCCUCCCAAGAUGAGCAUGCCAGGAGACCGCCAUUGUUGCCCUCUGAGAAAGAUAAUAGCAAUGGGGUUUCAAACAAUCAGAAAAGGCCCAAAUCAAGAAUUGUGUCUUCUAGAUACAUGUCCCCUUCGACUUCCACUUCCACUUCAAAUUCAUCCACUGUUUCCUCGUCUUCCUCUUCUUCCAGAAGGUAUCCGUCGCCUUUGGUUCCAAGAAACUCGACCCCUCUGUCUAAUGCACCUUCCUUAGGCUCCAAGAGGUCUGUUUCUGUGGACCGGAGGCGGCCAGCGGCUGCAAGGCCUUUAACGUCUGAUCUUGAUUCCAAGCAUGGGAAUGCCGGUGAUGUUUCAGCUGCCGCAAAGCUGCUUGUUACCUCUACUAGGAGUUUAUCUGUUUCUUUUCAAGGAGAAGCCUUUUCUUUGCCCAUUAGUAAGACCAAGGUGGCCCCUACUUCGCCUAAUUUGAGCAGUGUGAGGAAGGGAACGCCAGAGAGGAGGAGGACUAGUACUCCAUUGCGAGGGAAGGCUGAUGGGUUAGGAGAUCAGGCAGAGAAUUCUAAGCCUGCUGAUCAGCAUCGGUGGCCAGCCAGGAAUCGAUUGGUGAAUCCCUUGUCGAGGAGUUUGGAUUGUAGUCGGAUUGGUGGGGAGAGGAGUAAGCUAAUUGGAUCUGGGAAUGGAAUUCGAGCAUUACAACAAUCAAUGAUUGAUGAGAGGCGGCCUUCGCUUGAUGGUAGGUUGAGUCUUGAUUUGAGCAAUUCUGAACUUCUAAAGGUGGUUCAACGAGCACCCAGUGGAAGUUCAGUUGAUAAUGAGGCAGCAGUCCCAGCUGAUCUCACCGCAUCUGAUUCAGACAGUGUCUCUUCUGGUAGUACUUCGGGAGUUCAAGAUUGUAAUGGGGCUUCCCGUCUGCGAAAUGGGCCUCGUGGAAUUGCCGUCUCAGCCAGGUUUUGGCAAGAAACUAAUAGUCGGUUGAGGAGGCUGCAGGACCCAGGUUCACCUUUAUCAACAAGUCCUGCGUCCAAAAUGAUUGUACCGCCUAAACUGAAACGGUAUACGAGUGAUGGUUCAUUAUCGUCUCCACGGACAGUGUCAUCUCCCAUUCGUGCGGGUAUUAGACCUGCUUCACCUAGUAAACUUAUGACGCCUGCGGGGUCAUCUCCAUCACGCGGACAUAGUCCAUCUCGCAUUAGAAAUGCUGUUAGCACCAUUAACAAUAAUUUUAGUGAAACACCCUCAGUUCUUAGUUUUGCUGUUGAUGUUCGGAGAGGGAAAGUUGGGGAGAACAGAAUUGUUGAUGCACACUUGUUGAGACUUUUGUACAAUCGGCACCUGCAGUGGCGCUUUGCAAAUGCUAGAACUGAAGCAGUGUUGCUAGUGCAGAAACGCAGUGCAGAGAAAAAUCUAUGGAAUGCGUGGAUAACAAUCUCAGAUCUACGUGACACUGUCACAAAAAAAAGACACAAAUUGCAGUUGCUGAGGCAAAAGUUGAAACUAGCCUCCAUUCUAAAAGGACAAAUGACCUUUUUGGAAGAUUGGGCUUCUUUGGAUAAAGACCACUCGAUUUCUUUGAUUGGAGCUAUUGAAGCUUUAAAGGCUAGCACUCUUCGUCUUCCAGUUGUUGGAGGAGCAAUUGUUGAGGAAGUGAAUUCAUUAGUGAGUGAGCUUGCAAAAGUGACUAUAAAAGAGCGAGCGUUACUUGAACAAUGCAUAGACUGUAUAUCCUUGUUAGCAGCCAUGCAGAUUAAAGACAGUAGUCUGAGGGCACACGUACUACAACAUAACCGUGUAUGAACAGCAUGACAGACUCGUUAGAACUGAUUGUACUUGACUGUCGACUCUACAUGCUAACACCUUUGGACUUAGUGGAGGAAGCAGUGAAGGUAAUAACAAAGGACCAGAUGACUAGCCAUUGGCUUCUCGUUUGGCAAUUUUGUAACACAUCGGUUUCUUGGCCAUCCACUCCAGGUAUCCAAUAUUACAGGAGGGGUCCUCUUAUCACACUAACUAGUUGUACACAAGCACGUGUUUUCUUCUACUUUUUCCCUUCCCAGGGAGAAUGGAAAACCGAUGUACAUAUGUAAUAUUCUAACUGCAUCAUCUCCAUCAUCAAGCAAUUAUCCUUUCAGCCCUCUCUUUAUGUGCUGCUUUUGUUAUUUGAAGUAGUUUCGGCAACCUCUCGAGUGAUGGUGUAUGUAAUUUCCCACACAUUGGUUCAUUUAGUAAAGACGGGUUGCUUUC